ACGACUUGCAGCUCGUGCUUCUUUGCGUCUUCUGAGGGAGGCAGGGGCUGUUGGUUAGGUUGCGUCUCGUCGUCCUGGGCGAUUUAACGGUAUUUUCUAAUAUGGCGGAAAGUAAAGAAACAUUUUCAGUGAGAGAAGAGAGAAGGAAGAACCAUCAGACAGAUCGAUGCCGUUACAGAGCUGCUGAUCUUCAAGCUCUUGAGAGUGCAGACAGUGACAUUGGGUUCUGCGGCUGGUUCCUGGUGUUGUUCUCGAUCCUCCUGGUCAUCCUCACUCUGCCCAUCUCCAUAUGGAUGUGCAUUAAGAUAGUGAAGGAGUACGAACGGGCUAUAAUCUUUCGCCUGGGCCGUAUUUUGCGAGGAGGAGCCAAAGGACCAGGUCUUUUCUUUAUACUGCCUUGUACAGACAGCUUCAUUAAUGUUGACAUGCGCACCAUUUCUUUCGACAUACCCCCUCAGGAGGUGCUCACUAAAGAUUCGGUGACAGUGAGUGUUGACGGCGUGGUGUAUUACCGUGUGCAGAACGCCACCCUGGCCGUUGCCAACAUCACCAAUGCAGACGCUGCCACUCGCCUCCUGGCACAAACCACUCUGAGGAACGUUCUGGGCACCAAAAACCUGUCCGAGAUCCUGUCUGAUCGUGAAGAGAUCGCCCACAGUAUGCAGUCCACUCUGGAUGAUGCGACUGAUGACUGGGGCAUUAAGGUGGAGCGGGUGGAGAUUAAAGAUGUUAAACUGCCCCUACAGCUCCAGAGAGCCAUGGCUGCUGAGGCCGAGGCUGCAAGAGAGGCCAGAGCUAAAGUGAUCGCCGCUGAGGGAGAGAUGAACGCAUCUCGAGCACUGAAGGAAGCCUCUAUGGUGAUCGCCGAGUCUCCGUCUGCGCUGCAGCUGCGCUACUUGCAGACCCUCAACACCAUCGCCGCUGAGAAAAACUCCACCAUCAUCUUCCCCCUGCCGAUUGACAUGAUGCAGACGUUCCUGAAGCACUGAGCUGCGUACGCAUCAUAUAUAUACACACACUGAUACAAACACACAGCUAUACACUUCAGAUGUAAUGCACGUAAAUACAGAGUAAAUUACACAUACACAAUCUAAAACACACACACACACUCUUGCUGUACUGCAGUGAUAUUUUUACCACUUGAAGUCAGUGGUAGUCUGACAGCAGCAUCACUGAUGACUGUUUCUAUUAGGGCUGGGCGAUAUGACAAAGAUAUAUCACGAUACAUGAAGGCAUUUUGUUAUUUAGUUAUCAAACUGCCAGUAAAGCAGGAAUAUUGCAUCUAAAAAUAAACCUUUAAAUAAGUCAUACAAUAGUACGUUAUUUAAUGUCUACACAAGUGAAUAAAUACAAAAAGGAAACUGAUAAAAAUGAUACCUAAAUAUUGUAUAAACAUAGUUAAACACUGAAAUCUGGAAGAAGUAAAGACUUUGCUGUUCGGUGUUGAUGAUGUUCUUUCAGAUAACCCAGCCCUAAUUUCUCUGUGCCUGUUACUUUCUCUGACGGAGCUGCUCUAACAGCCAUAUCUAUCCUUAGAAAGCCUUAACCAUAAAUGUUAAACAUACACGUGAAUUUUAUGCACAUUUAGCAUUUGGUAAUGUAUGUACUCAUCUGCUGCCUCCCCCCCCCUUUUUUUUAAAAAAAAAAGGUUUCCUAAUAUCUAUUUCGUAUUUUCUUACAUAUUUUUAAACAUUAAAUUUAAAAGAAACCUGAUAUAAGCAUCUUUGGUUAAAGGUUCUCAUAUCGAGCUUAUUAAACGCAAUAAAUAGAGAUUAAACGCCAGACUGGCGUUUUGUAUAUUCAUGCUGAUCAGUUUUUUCAAUUUUCAGCGGCAAAAUCGUUCACCCCAUCCUUAAGAGAUUGCGAGGUUGAAUCUCGACGAAGCCAUAGAUAUCCAAAAUUGGCCACGCUUUCUGGGUGGGAGGGUCGGCACGCUCUUUACUCUGUCAAUCACAGCGACGCCGGUUAACAGCAUGCAGUUAUGAGCUCGUGUAUGCAGAAGAGGGCCGAUAGCGCUUUCCUUCGAGCGCGUUGUGCUUUAUGCAGCAUGAGCAGGAAUUUGAUACAGGAUGCACUUGGUUGGCUUCACGUGUCUUGGAGGAAACACGGACGCUAUUGUGGGUGGGAAUUGUCAGGUGACCAAAUUGGGGGGGGGGGAACAAUCCAAUAUUUAAAAAAAAAAAAAUUUAAUUCUGUUCUGUGUUUAAUAAAUAAAUAAAUUACUUUCUGCAAUGCUUGACAAUUUUCAGUUGUAUUCACUUUCACAUUUUGUUUUUUGACGUUUGAAUAUUUUGGUUCCAGGAAGGAAUACAGUUCAGCUGUUCAGUAUGCGUUUUGUGGACAUUGCUGCCAUUUUGUAUUCCUGUUUCAGAGAAAAUCACUAAUGUGCCAUAGUUACUGUUCAAUAUCAUCUUGUUUGUUUGUUUUUCUUUCAGCAGGCCUCAAUUCAUACUCCUCGACACCAGUUCUGCUCUGGUAUUGUAUUGUAUGGAAUUGUACCGUGUCCUUCAUCUUAAAUGUAUGUAAAUGCAAAUAUAUCAGAAUCAUUUACCUCGAA